UAGAAAUUCAUUCUUUAACUAGCAAGUGUCUGUUGUCUUCCCUUUUUUGCAAUGGAUGUUGCUCUUUAUUGUGAUUUAGUAACUUUUGGGUGAAGUGUUAUAAAGCACCUCUCAUUUCCAAACAUCAUAUUCAUGUCAUGGUAGACUUCGUUUAAUUAAAUGUUUACUUUUGUAAAUGAUUGGAGCAAAUGAAAAUAAGAGUGAUUGCAGGACUAGAUGUUUGCAGAACAUGUUAUGGGAAAACCACUAAUCAUUAUAGUCUCUGCUCCAGUAUAAAUGAGGUGUCUUAGACCUAGAGCUUUUGUGUGUUGUUACUGAGCCCUAUUUUUCUGGGCAUCAUAAACCAGAUUGCAACACUGAGAUAGCAUAGAGUGAGAUGAGAGAUCUCACCCAUUAUUUAUAUAUUAGUAAGGGCCCAUUACAGUGGUCUGUGAUUGAGAGGAGCACAUGAGAAAAGUGGCAAGAUUAAAGUUUUGUGCUGUAACCUAUUUUUGUGUCAAAGUAAAUUUUAUACAUGACGGGUAAAGUUUAGUCAGAAUAUAUUUAUCAAGAUUUAAAAAUGUUUAACAAUUGCCAUCGUAUAAAACCAUGUAAAUUAAAUGGUCAAAUAUUAGCCAAAAUUAUAAAAUUCAUUAACCUUCUGAGAUCCGAGCGUGACUGCUGUGUGCAUUUUCCAUUCCUUUUUUUGAUUUGUAACUAGUAGCCCCUAAGAAACUGGAAAAAAAAAAAUAAAUACAUUUUGAAAUUUUAAAUAAUACAAAGCUAUAGAAAGUCAGAUGUUUUAAUCAGAUUGUUUAUUAUGCUUCCAGGAGUGUUGGUUAUUCAAGUUUUGGAGCGGUUACAGACAUUCCAUCAGAAAUUUGCAUAAAUAUUAUGGCCAGCAUCAUCCAAUCAGUGCCAACCAUGUUAAAAUACAGUAUGUACUGAUUACCAUUGUCCCAUGUCUGCCAAACAUGUGGAGUGGUCCAAACAUCAUUUGCAGACUGAAACUGAACAUUUGACCAGGUGUUAAGAGUGAAUGCACUUGGAUGCAUAGGAAAGCUGUAGGAUGCUCCCUAAUUAGGGAAUGACUUAACCUCCAGUUUGCUGUCUGUCUGUACUGCUCUCAGAAAAGUUUGAAAUGCAUCUUAUUUUCAUCCUAACUCCAUAUACAGCCUCUGAAAGCAACAUUUUCUAGCUUUUGGAUACAUCCAUCUAUUGAUUUUAAGGAAAAAGAGCCUACAGUCCAUGUACGUGUUUAAGUGUGCCGUUUCUCAAUAAAUCAAUAACAUUUUUAAAAUGGCAUAUCGAAUGAAACUAAAGACUCUAUUCUUUUGACUCAAACAGGUUUUAAUAUAACAACUUAAUGAAGUUUCUUACCAGAUGUGGUUUUGUUAUUGUUUCUUCCAAAGACAUUUGAGAUCGGCACCAUGUUGUUUAGUCAUAUGACUUGGUGCAUUGAAAGUUUAACCCUUUAAGCCAGCCUAGAGUCUCCUGAACUGAGAUCAGUCGGUUUAAAUAAAAUAAAAUUAUGCAUAGCCUAUAGCAAAGUCAAAAUGUAAUGUCCACACAUGUGAAUGCAGGGUAUCAGGAGGUUAAAACAUUUUUUCUCAAAGCGUUAGCUGUGGGGUGUGUGCCAGAUGAUUUGGGGGUAAGAUGUGCCAGUGUGCCACUAUCAACAAACAGUGAUUGUGAACGUUAAAUUAGUCUUGUUGAGGACAAGUGGUGGCUGACAGAAACCCUUUUUAAAGGAAAUAAUCAAUUUGUUUUCCCCCAUGAAAUUAUGCGUUGAAGAAGCAACCUUAGACUUGAAACGUUUUUUUUCCUGUCAGGACAAUUUAAGUAAAAAGUGGCACAUAUUACCCCACUCUUUCCUAAUAUUACAUUGGGAAGACAGAAUGGUCUCUAAGAAAACGUGUAAAAUGUUACUUGGCAGAUGUUUCCUGAAAAGUUUUAGUGUUCAUCCCAUGGCCACAGUCUGUUGGUUCAUGUAAGGAGAUUGCAGAUUGUUAUCUGUAUGUACCAUUGAGGCCCAGCAGGUCAUUUCUGCUCGCUUUGAUUUCAGAGUACUGCUUUAAACAGCUAUAAUCCCAGGAUUUUUGUGCCAUUAAGUGAUGGCUUUCAGAAGGGGAGUGCUGAUGUUAGUGGACAUGUGCACACAAACUCUAUAAGCAACAGGACAAUUAAUCCAUUCAUAUUUUCACUUGGAAUGAAGCAGAACAGACAGAAUCAUGUUGGGCAAACUUUUGGAUGUACUUUCAUUAAUGAUUAGUGCAGGUGAACCUUUACUGAAAAUGUAUGGCAGGUAGAUACAUUUUGGGUGGGUGAAUUCUGUACUGAUAUAGUUUAGGGCUUUUGUUGACAUUUUGGGAUCAGUGAAAUGGUUGGGACUUUUGAUGUAAUGGAAAAUUUCCAUUUCCUCUUGGUGGUAAGAUGUAACACCGGUCAGAAGUUUUACAUUUUCAUACUUUAAUUUUCAUUGUCUUGAAUCACCUAGUGGAAGUAUCAAACUUAUUUGGCAAAAUCUGUCAUUUCAUCCUCAAAAGCCACAGCUGAGAGAGACCAGUGAUGUGUUUCAUCAUUAUUGCUGUGUACUUGCUCCUCCUCAACCCUCAUGCCCUAGCCCUGUGGGCCUGCACACGCUCCUGCCCUCCUAGCUGCACUUGUACUCAGGAAAAGAGCUGCAUUGUCCUCUGUGACCAUGUCAACAUGGUGGACCUGCCCAAAGAGUUCCCCUGUGAGGCAUCCUCCAUCAACCUGGACAAGAACAGCCUCAAGUUCUUGUCUGAGCGGGCAUUUGGCACACUGCCUUCACUCAAGUCACUCUCACUUAACCACAACAACAUAUCCUUCAUCACACCAGGUGCAUUUAAAGGGCUUCCCAACUUGGUGGAGCUCAAGAUGGCCCACAAUGAGUACAUCCGUUACUUGCAUACCCGCACCUUCACAUCACUCAAACGCUUGGUUCGCCUGGACCUUUCUGAUUGCAACCUCUUCAACAUGCCAGACCGCAUCUUCCUUGAGCAAAUUUCUCUUAAGGAACUGCUGUGCUUUCAAAACAACUUCCGCCGCAUUCCUGGUGCAAUACGGGGGAUGGAAAACUUUACGCACGUCUACUUGGAGCGCAACAAGAUUGAAGCAGUAGCCUACAACUCUUUGCUGGGCCUAACCAACCUCAAAUAUCUCAACUUGCAGGAGAAUCGCAUAAAUGUGAUCCAUGAUGAGGCCUUCAAAGAUCUAGUGCGCCUAGAGAACUUUUACCUGAAUGAUAAUCUGUUGGUUGAUUUACCCCAGCAGGCUUUCAAGGGAUUAAGCAAUAUGAAAAUGUUGAACCUGGGUGGGAACCUGCUGACCAAUGUCUCCAAAACAUGGUUCAGUGACCUGGUAGAGCUGGAAGUACUCUACCUGGAUCGAAACCGCCUGUCCUAUAUUGAGGAGGGUUCCUUUGAGAACUUGACAAGCCUCAUGACGCUGCACCUCAACAGCAACAAUUUGACGUCUUUACCCUUUUCCGUCUUUCAGCCCAUCUAUUUUAUCGGGCGCCUGUAUCUCUUUCGAAACCCUUGGGAGUGUAGCUGUGACCUGGAGUGGCUGAGAGAGUGGAUGGAGAGUUAUAAGCUGGUGAGAGACAUCCCAUGUGCAUCCCCUUCCUCGGUUGCUGGCUUGGAUCUGAGUGAGGUGGUCUACAGCCAUCUGAACGGCACCUGUCUGGAUCCACCAGAGCUCAACCUGACCACAGCUCUUCCUGACUAUCCCACAACUGAGAACAAGUACUACAACCUAAUUUCCAAACUACUGCAGCAGGAGUUCAGGGAGGAGAUGAUCAACUCCACGGACAGCCUGAGGAAUGGUACCCAGCAGGAUCCGGCUGAGAGUCAGGUUUCUUCUGGAUAUGGACUGUUCAGUGCUCCUCAUACUGCUUUUCUUCUUGUAUUUCUUUUUCAAGCCCAGACUGGCUUUCUAUCUGAUGGAAUGAAUGCCUCUUGAGAAUCUGGUGAAUACCAAAAGGGAUGAAAGGCAUCCAAGAAUGGAAGUAAUUUUCUAGUAGUUGGAUGGAAAAACGUGGAUUUAAGGCUAUGCUGAAAUGUUAGAUGAACAUGCCUUGAGUGGUGGUUUUCUCAUCUGGAAAAUGAAAUUCUGGAAGAUCUAACGGAAUUGAUGAGGAUCGUCUCUAAAAUGAAUCUCUUUAAUUGAAUGGAAACAAGUCGUCCACAAAUACAAAAAAAGAGAAAAGCACAUGUUGUAAGGCAAUGAGACUGUAAAAGACUUCUUUGUGUUGCCAAUAUCGGAUGAUCCAUUCCUGUUAAAGGAUCGUUUAGGGGCAUUUUAACCACUUGAACUGUAAUAUUUUUAUAUCAUACUGUUCAAAUAAGAAACAGUCUACAUUUUGUCAAGUACUCUUGAUAGUACAUACGUUUAUACAUGUUCUGUUGCAUAACUUUGAAACAUUUGCUGUGUCGGAGAUUUGUCUGAUAAAGCUUCUCACUAUCAUUUCAGCAGACGGCAUAUUUGGAUCAUUGCUCUGGGUAAAUUUCCAGUUCUGGAAAAUGCAUUAGUCCUCCUCUUCCGUAAAGCUUUAGUGCGCUCAGUAAUGUAAGCUGCUUCAUAUUGUAACCAAAUGGAUUAGCUUUAUCUAUGCGUUUUGCUCAUACCUUCUUUAUGCAGGGCAAAACAUUGUUUAUUAGAGGAUGAUGCCACACUCUGAACCUGAUCUAUUGACCCGACAUUACAGCAUUAAAUACACAUUUAUGAGAUUUGUGUGAGAGGAACCUUAGUAAUUGUGUGGUUGAAUAAUCCUUUGAAUAAAAAUCAAUGCAUUAAGUAUUAAAUAAACUGACUAAAAAUCAAUGAAAAAAAAAAUAUUUGAGAGUGUGGUGCUGUUCAAU